AUGACCGAACUCGACCAUGGAGAAUUCCUUCACGAACUCCCUGAAAUCCCCGAAGACGAAUUCGUCGUCUUCGGCACCGUCCACGCCAAACCAGAGCACGCGGAUGCCUUGGAGGCAGUCUAUGCCGAGACCACAAGACUCGCUGAAUUCGAACCGGGCACUGUUUACUACUGUCUCGCACGGGAUAGCGACACACGUAAUAUCUUCCAUUUCUAUGAACGGUAUACCGGGAAGAAGGCUUUCGAUGCUCAUAACGCUCAGCCGAUUAUUCAGAAAUUGAUGAAGGAUCAGUGGUUUAUUGGGGUCAAGGCUAAAUUUAUGAAACCUAUUGGACCAACUUUGGUAUAA